AAAAACACAUAGAGCCUGAGAGAGCGAGAGAGAGAGAGAUCUCUUCGAAUCAAAACGAUCUGAAGAAGAAGAAGAAGAAUCAAAAUCUGGAUCAGGAACAAGGGAGGAGAAGAUGUUGCCCACUACUUCCAGAUCUCGUUCUUCAUCUUCUUCAUCCCGAGCUAAUCCAAUGUUCCUUCAGUACUUUCGUCGUAUCGUCAAGUGGCAGCAAAUGGAUGUUGAAUAUACUUUCUGGCAAAUGCUUAACCUUUGUACAUCUCCGAAAGUUGUCUAUCAACACACUAAGUAUCACAAACAAACAAAAAACCAAUGGGCACGUGAUGACCCUGCGUUUAUUGUGAUCUGUAUCCUGCUUCUUGCUGUUGCAACUGUAGCCUAUUGUGCCACGUAUGACCAUAGUAGCUCUCAUGCUGUCGUCGUAGUCGUUUCAGUUUUGCUCUCCCAUUUCUUAAUCACCGGAGCAAUUAUAGCUACAUGUUGUUGGUUUUUGACAAACUCUUACCUUCGCGAAGAGGCUCCAAACAGUCAUGUGGUGGAACAACGCGUUGAAUGGCUGUAUACAUUUGAUGUUCACUGCAACUCGUUCUUUCCAAUGUUUGUGCUGCUCUACGUCAUACAUUAUUUCUUAUCACCAAUCCUGAUAACGCACGGAUUCAUCCCUUUACUGCUAUCAAAUCUGCUUUUCAUGGUCGGGGCUUCGUACUACCAUUAUCUUAACUUCCUAGGAUAUGACGUACUUCCAUUUUUGGAGCGAACAACAUUCUUCCUCUACCCAAUUGGAGUCGUGAUUGUCCUGUCCCCUAUUUUGAUCUUAAGCGGAUUUAACCCGUCAAGAUACUUCAUGAACAUGUACUUCAGCCAAAGGUUAUAAAAAAAACACAGCCACAUCAGUGGAAUCCCAAGGGCUUUUGCACUGCACAUACAUCAUUCAAGUAAGGAACAAGAAGAUUGAGAGAGUAUGAUUUUUCUUUUUUUUUACCCGUAACAGAUCAUCGUAAUGCUCAGUUUCUGGUACAACUUCAGGCUACUUAAAUAGAACCAGUAACAUUUUCUUAACGCGACCAUUUUUAGCAAGUGCUCUCUGUUCAAUGUAGUGUUUUCUGGCAUC